AAAGGUGGAAUGACACGACUGCAGAUUAUAUUUACCCUGAUAGACGGACGCAUAUGACCCAUCAAAGACAACCUUUGGGAUCCACCAAUCGAGUUGUGCCACAUAACACACGAGCUCGCUCUUCAGUCGCCGCCGCGCGGUCUCAAUGCCGACUACGUUCUCCAUCUUGUUCCUGACACGUAUCUCGUCUCCCACCUGAUAUAUCAGGUGACAUAGAGCUGGCUACCAGUGCAGACAGUCACUCACCCUCUGCAAUUCCCGCUAGAUAUAUAUAAACAGCGCCCUCGAAUUCGCACAUGCAAUUACGAUUUCCAAAUUUAGGGAGGAAAAUGAGAUGGUUUUCGAUUUUUCUCCAGCUCUCGAUUUCAAGGUGUUGUAAAUUCAGGAAACCUUUCACGUCAUCUGAUAACAAGGGCUUGUUAAUUCGUAAUAAUAUGCUUCUUGAUCGCUGACAGCGUAUGCGCAAGGGUUCAGAUUUUCUGUUUCCUAUUCGUUGCUGAAGUGGGAUUGUCAGUGUUAUUACUUUAUCCUGUUUUAGUUGUGAAUUGGCUUUGAGGGGGUUGUCUUUUGCACAAGUAUAAUAUUUUAUGAUAUUGAGAAGAUUGAGCUUAUAUUGCAAUUGCAAAUACUAGUUAGGCCUGGCUCUGGAGAGCUACUUGGAAUCUGACCACCAGGAAACGGUACCUUCAAUGGUCCCUUCUCGGGUGGCUGGAGGGUUAACUCAUUCUUCCUCAAGCUCUGGAAUUUUCUUCCAAGGAGAUGGGCAGUCCCAGGCUGUCAUUAAUUCUCAUUUGGGUUCAUCAUUUGGAAACUCGCCUAAAUCUAUUCCCGAAUCUGGAUGUUCCAAUCUAGGUCCUGUUUCUGGAGAUCAGAACAAUGCACUGUUGAAUAGUGUGGCAAGUUCAGGACCAAGUGUGGGAGCUAGUUCUUUGGUUACAGAUGCAAAUUCUGCUCUUUCUGGGGGUCCUCGUCUGCAGAGAAGUGCGAGUAUCAAUACUGAAUCAUAUAUGCGGUUGCCAGCAUCGCCAAUGUCAUUUUCAUCCAAUAAUAUAAGCGUUUCAGGUUCAUCAGUUGUUGAUGGAUCCUCUGUAAUACAGCAAGGAAAUCAUCAAGACGUGACUGCUCAACAUGCACAACAGGUUCAGCAGCUGCAACAACAAGGGGUUUCCGGUGCUACGUCAUUGCCUGCAUCACAAAGUGGCCAAGUUGCACUACCCAUGGACCAACGGGCCCCUGGGUACUUCACUUCAGAUCCUAACAAUAUUUCCCAGUCACACAAGAAGCCACGAUUGGAUAUUAAGCAAGAAGAUAUCAUGCAACAGAUAUUUCAGAGGCAGGAUUCCCUGCAGUUGCAAGGCCGCAAUCCACAGUUACAAGUUCUGCUUCAGCAGCAGAGACUAAGGCAACAGCAGCAGAUUCUGCAAUCCAUGCCACAAUUGCAAAGAACCCAAUUACAGCAGCAGCAGCAGCUGCAGAUGAGGCAGCAAGCACAACAACAGCCAGUAUCAGCUAUGAAGCGUGCCGAUGGUGGUAUAUGUGCUCGUAGGCUGAUGCAGUACCUAUAUCAUCAGCGGCAACGGCCACUUGAUAAUUCUAUUGCCUAUUGGAGGAAGUUUGUUGCUGAGUAUUAUUCUCCUCGUGCAAAGAAGCGAUGGUGCUUGUCCUUGUACGACAAUGUUGGGCAUCAUGCACUUGGUGUUUUCCCCCAGGCAGCUAUGGACGCAUGGCAGUGUGACAUCUGCGGCUCUAAAUCUGGAAGAGGAUUUGAGGCAACCUUUGAAGUACUUCCGCGACUCAAUGAAAUCAAAUUUGGCAGUGGUGUGAUCGAUGAUCUUUUAUUUUUGGACUUGCCACAUGAAUACAGAUUUAUGUCGGGAAUUAUGUUGUUGGAAUAUGGAAAAGCAGUUCAGGAGAGUGUGUAUGAGCAACUUCGUGUUGUGCGUGAGGGUCAGCUUCGUAUCGUAUUCACCCAGGACUUGAAGAUACUGUCAUGGGAAUUUUGUGCACGGCGCCACGAAGAAUUUUUCCCUCGUAGGUUGGUUGCACCCCAGGUGAACCAAUUGCUUCAGGUUGCACAAAAGUGCCAGAGCACGAUUGCUGAAAGUGGAUCAGAUGGGAUUUCUCAGCAGGACUUGCAAACAAACAGUAAUAUGGUCUUGACAGCUGGUCGUCAGCUUGCGAAGAGUAUGGAGCUCCAGUCAUUAAAUGACUUGGGUUUCUCCAAAAGAUAUGUCAGGUGUCUUCAGAUUGCUGAAGUCGUCAACAGCAUGAAAGAUCUAAUUGAUUACUGCCGGGAACACAAAGCUGGACCAAUUGAUGGUCUGAAAAAUUAUCCUCGACAUGCCGGUGCAGCUAAGCUCCAGAUGCAAAAGAUGCAGGAAAUGGAGCAGCUGCCAAAUGUUCAGGGUCUGCCAACUGACCGAAAUACCCUCAAUAAAUUGAUGGCGUUGCAUCCAGGAGUAAACAACCACAUGAGCAACAACCAUCACAUGGUUGGUAAGGGUGCUUUAAGUGGUUCAGCACAGGAUGCUCUGUCACUGACUAACUACCAGAAUCUGCUGAUGAGGCAGAAUUCAAUGAAUUCAAAUCUCAACUCACUUCAAAUGGAGGCAUCAUCUUCUUUUAAUAGUACCAACCAAACUCCAAAUUCAAAUUUUCAAGGAUCCACUACUUUCAUCUCUGGGUCAAUGCAGAACUUGCCAGGAAGUGGAUAUUCAAGCCCUCAUCUAACUUCGCAACAGUCACAUCGUUCAUUGGGUGCUAAUAACCUUCACCAGCAGAACCAUUCGCCGUCUUCCCAAGGCAGCCAGGUCUUACAACAGCAGAUGAUACAGCAAAUGCUACAGGAGAUGUCCAGUAACGCUGGUGCAGGUGUACAGCAGUGGUCGAUUGUGGGACAGAGUAUGAUGAGAAAUGGAAUGGGAUAUGGAAACAAUAAUUCGGCAGCAAUAGCUGCUGCCACCCCCAGUGUGUCAGGAGGAGCUAUGGGUCAUGCUCCCAGCCGGAGCAACAGUUUUAAAGCUGGUUCAAAUAGUGAAUCUUCUGCUGUUGGUGGCAAUAAUGGAUUUAACCAGCGAGCAUCAGACUUGCCUCAGAAUCUCCAUUUGCCGGAUGAUAUUGCUCAAGAUAUAUCUCAUGAAUUCCUAGAAAAUGGUUUUUUUAACAGUGACCUUGACGAUAAUAUGGGAUAUGGCUGGAAGUAAUGACGAACAUUGCUGGUUUUGGUGUUCAUAAGUGAAUUUUAAGUCAUCUUUGUACAGAAUAUGUGGAGUAGCUGCUUUUUCUAUUUAGUGUUUUUUUUUUUUUUUUAAUUUUUAAAGAAAGAUACUCAGGAACCUGUGUUGGCAUUGAGGCACUUGUGCCUGACUAGGUAUUUAGUCUUCUUUUUUUAAAAUAGUCCUUUUUGAGUUUUUUUCUCUUCUGGGUCAAGUCUUGAAAGUAAUGUAUUGGUCAAAACUGCUCCAGUAAGUUUGGUCCUGAGAUGAUUUGAGUGGUUAUUUCUCCUA